UGGGGCGCGUUGCAGUGAGUCACUACAUCGUGGCGACGCUUCAUAAGUCAAUAAAGAUCAAUAAUAAUAAAAUAUGAUUUCGGCGAUUUUACGAAGGUCUACUGUGUGACUGGCCGUAGUGCGCACAGAAUAGUGUGAACUUUUUCCCAAAUUUACAUAUGCUUCCAACAAAUAAAUGCAAAACACGGGAAGGAAAUCAAAUUUCUCAAACAAAGGCCUCGACAGUAAACUUCACCCUACAUCGCCCGCAAAAGACGCUUCUGUGCAACAAAAACCAAUUCCAAAGCCUUUGCCGAUCCCUCCCCAAAUUACAAUUGCGAACACCAUGUAAGACGGUCAAAUUGUCAUGAAUUUUUCAUCAGUCUAAUUUCUCCAUUCAAAAGUUACUGCCCACACCAUGCUUUGCAUAAUCACGCGUCCUUGCUGCUUGCCUGGUAACCAAAGUCCCGACGGCAGUCAGCGUUCGCUCGUUCUGCCCACGCUCACGGUAUGCCCCUGCGAAUAGGCAACUACGGCGCUGCCCUUCAUCCCGUUUUCGCAUUCGGCGCUCUAACCGCCGUUUUCCCGGCCUCGCGAGCAACGGCCCGCGCCAAGUUCAACACCUGCGUGCUCGCCGCCCUGGCUGCGUUUUUGUUCUACGGCAUGUACCGCUUCUCGAGGUUUUUCCUCGCCGCGUGGAAAGACCACGACAAAAGAGAAACCUCGCUGAAUUUGACGAACGUUGUAAUACUCUCGUCAAACUUCAUUGCCGGCUUGGCAAUUAUGUACACGUGCCUGCUGAAAGCCGACAGGUUCGACCUCAUCCUGAAAAAUAUUCAGCGACUAUCCACAUUUCUGAACUUCGACGCGUCUGCUGGCCACGCCAAUCUGCGUCGCAGGGUUUGGAUCAGGUCCGUCUCAGCAUUCGUCAUCAUGAACUUCCUGUUUGUCUAUGAACCCUUUGUGUGGCCAGACUACUUCCACCUCCUUGAUCUGAUCGGCAGACUUUGGUCGUCGGUGGCUAUUGCCAUACUGGAAAUGCAAGUCAUAUGCAUUGCUGACUGUUUAAGGGAGAUCUUUUGCUUGCUGAACGCCCGACUGGUGGCAACCAAAAUGUCGAUUCGAACCUUGAGAAAAAGUCAUGGCGAUCUCUGCGACACUUUACAUCUUUUUCAGGAACAUUACGGCGUUUUUAUUGUAGCCAAUAUACUUUACUUGUUUACAAGUUUGACUUUCGGUAUGUACUUUUCGAUUGUCGGAAUAUACCAAAACUUGCCCGAUGUGGAGAAAAUUAUCAAACAGGCGGUUGUUUCUGACUCUUGGUUGUGUUACGCCGGUUACAGACUAGUUCAACUGGUAACGCUGUGUAGUUCGUCGUUAAAAGAGGCAAGAAAAACUGGCAUAUUUAUAUUUCGACUAAACCAUCCCAAUAUAUGGCAGAUUGAAAAAAAAGAGCUGCUUAUAUUCAGUCGGCAAAUUCAGCACCAGCCUCACAAAUUUUAUGCGACUGGAAUCUUGGCUUUGGAUAAUUCUCUGUUAUUUGAGACAUUUAGUGCGGUAGCCACUUACUUCUUUAUUAUGGUGCAAUUCCAAAAUUCCCUGUAGUUCACCAAAUCGUAAAUAACAAGGUCUAAUAGCAAAAUAGGUGAAUCAGUUUUACGGUAAAAGCUUAAUCAUUCACAAUCCACUACAUCCAGAUCAAAAAUCCAGUUGUAAAAAUGGGUGAGUUAUAAUAAAAUAAUAAUAUCUAUAAUAAGACACCAUGAUCUACAAUAAAAGUGCAUAUUAACGAGCUUUGCUAUGCUUUUGUGGGCUUGCGUUUGUCGGCCAGAGAUCUUGUGUCGUUGAUGUGGAGCCUCUUCAAUUUCUGUGAAAUCUGGCCGCUGCUCUCACUGUGCCAGUUUGCCAGGUUCUGGAGGCGGACAUCGGCGCUGACGUCACAAUCCAACCUUUGGCACCCGGAGCGGUCAGACCUCCAUCGAGUGCGGCACUCCACUCGAGACCACCGCCGUAUGGCUUUUGAAAUCCCUGAAUAUUGUCCAAAAGGAUCUCAAGUACAAGGUUGUGGAUCCGGAGAACUACAAUGGUUGUGCAAGUCAAGGCACAUGUGGCCUUUCAAGGAUGGCACGAAGCGCCGCAAGUCGAGAGCCGCCGACCUGCAGGGAGCCGCCGGUUUCCAGCAGGGCAUUGCCAGGGCAGCCUCUGCCAGGCACAACCACGGAUAAAACCGCUCCAUUUUGUGCAUUUUAAGACACACUUCAACCAACUUUUAUCGAGUCAGUGAAAUUUACCCAUUUCGCCAGAAAUGUUGUAAAUCAAUAAAGCCCGUGU